AUGGCGCGGCGUAAUGCCGUUCGUCGAAAAACUGCAAAAUAUCUCGUGGCUGCCGAGCGCCUCUAUCGGACAUAUCUGGCUUAUGAUGGUGCUGCCCCCAUAGUGAAUUUGGAGUCUCUUGUUGAGUCGACUAUGGCUGACCCGGAUGUGUUGGCGUUCCAAUGUGCUAAUGCGUGCCUCAAGAAUUAUCGCGUGGUUGGUGUGUUGCCGAGCAUAAACGCUAUUAAAUGGGUACUAAAAGUCGAAGAAAAGUCUACAGGAAGGUUCUUUGUCAUGAAACUCCUCGAGAAAGGUGCUCGAACAGCAAAGAGCCGAGUGCUUCUACCCACAAAUGUACCCCAUAUGGUUCAGUUACAUCAGUUUUUCGAAACUGAGACAUACAUCAUUCUGGUUCUGGACUACAUAGAAAGUGGCACCUUGUGGAACUUUUUGGCGAAUUACUUUGCCGAAGCGGAAAAAAGAUUCUUGCUAUCACUAGCAACCGGAGAAGACGAAGGAUUCGGGGAUGUUCCUCAGUGUUCGACUGCGGGAAUGCAGGCAGCUGCAGCCGAAUUGGAUUGUUACAGAGGUCAGCACAAUAAGAUAGCUUGUGAAAUUUUCGAAGUAAUGCUGGGUUGAAG